GUGGGCGUCUGCUGCUCUGGGGCAAGACGAAAGCUGUAGCCCCCUCCAGGGUUCGGUGGUCGUGAUAAGAAAUCCUUCUAAAGGUUGGCCCAAGCCCCCUUUUGUUGCGCCUCUACGCACCGAGCAUCCUUCAUCUGCCCGCCCUGGAAGUCGCAGACUGGUUUUGUUUGGUCCCAGCUGUCUCUCCCAUUCCGCUCACCCCCGCCUUCUGUGUGCCUUAGUUCCUGAAGUCACCGAUCUCUCACAGCUGGAACUGCGGGCUGGCAGGACCCCGGCAGCAGACGGCGCCCAAGAGUUUGGUGACAAUUGUCCGGCCGGGUUGGCACUCCGCACGUCGUGGUUUUCGCUAGCAAAGUUUCUCGGUGGAAAAGAAGCCCCUCCAGUUUUCUCUGGAUCCUAUAGCGGACGCGCACGCCACUUCGCUCCCCGGUGACUGUGCCUGGGGAUGGGGCUGUGGCUCUGCUCCUGCCCCUGGUCGGGCUGCCUUUGGAGCGGAGCUUGGGGAAUCCGAGAAGCCUACGUGAGAACCUUUGACUAAGCGCGGGUCUGGAGAGAGCGCCGGCGAGCAGGCGAACUAAUAGCCACAGCUUAGCAAUAGCUAAGUAUCUGGGCACUGAACUGAAUCCCGAAGGGACGUUCAGGCUGCAACCCCCACUUCUGCCCUGGCUCAGUUCUCCGCCGAUUUGAGAGAGCACACUGGUCAGGGCUCCUUGAGAGCAGCUGCUGAGUGUGGGUGCCCCCGACAGACCGGCCUGCCCCGCUUCCUAGAGGGCUGCGAAAGGCGGAACCGCCACCAAAACAGCAGUUCCCAUGGCUUCUUACACGACUGGAAUUGGUCCCCUGACUGGGCGCUAAGGUGUUUGCUUUUGCCUUGUCCAAAUUCCACAGCACGUGUGUUGACGAUUGGAAUCCCGGGCUAAACAAGAGUCAAGUUCAAAGUGGUACUCCUGGAUCCUUCAUCUCAGACUCCAACAAGUCUAAUUUGGGACUAGAAGAGAAGGAUCUCCUGCUCUAACUAGAAUUGGACUUGACAGCUUUCCUCACCAAUACUUGGACUGCAGCUGUUGCACGUUCUUUGGCGGGUGGGGGAGGGGCGGUAGUGCUCUGAAAACCAGACCACAACAGUUGGAACCUCAACAAUGGACCAAGUUUUUGAAAUUCCCGAAGAGCCAAACGUGGAGCCGAUAUCCUCUCUUGAGGAAGAUGUCAUCCGUGGGGCCAACCCCCGAUUUACUUUUCCAUUUGGCAUCCUCUUCUCCACCUUUUUGUACUGUGGGGAGGCAGCAUCUGCCUUGUAUAUGGUUAGAAUCUACCGGAAGAAUAGUGAAACCUACUGGAUGACAUACACCUUUUCUUUCUUUAUGUUUUCAUCCAUCAUGGUCCAGUUGACCCUCAUUUUUGUCCACAGAGACCUGGCCAAAGACAAGCCACUAUCAUUGUUUAUGCAUCUAAUCCUCUUGGGACCUGUUAUCAGAUGUUUGGAGGCCAUGAUUAAGUACCUCACACUGUGGAAGAAAGAGGGGCAGGAGGAGCCCUAUGUCAGCCUCACCCGAAAGAAGAUGCUAAUAAAUGGCGAGGAGGUGCUGAUAGAAUGGGAGGUGGGCCACUCCAUCCGGACCCUGGCUAUGCACCGCAAUGCCUACAAACGUAUGUCACAGAUUCAAGCCUUCCUGGGCUCAGUGCCCCAGCUGACCUAUCAGCUCUAUGUGACUCUGAUCUCUGCAGAGGUCCCCCUGGGUAGAGCAGUGCUCAUAGUCUUUUCCCUGAUAUCUGUCACCUAUGGGGCUACCCUCUGCAACAUGUUGGCCAUCCAGAUCAAGUAUGAUGAAUACAAGAUUCGCCUUGGGCCACUAGAAGUCCUUUGCAUCACCAUUUGGCGGACAUUGGAGAUCACCUCCCGCCUUGUGAUUCUCGUGCUCUUUUCAGCCACCUUGAAGUUGAAAGCUGUGCCCUUCUUACUGCUGAACUUCCUGAUCAUCCUCUUUGAGCCUUGGGUGAAGUUCUGGAGGAGUGGUGCCCAGAUGCCUAAUAACAUUGAGAAAAAUUUCAGCCGAGUGGGCACCCUGGUGGUGUUGAUUUCUGUUACUGUCCUCUACGCUGGCAUCAACUUCUCUUGCUGGUCAGCUUUGCAGUUGAAGUUAGCAGAUAGGGACCUUGUUGAGAAAGGUCAGAACUGGGGACACAUGGGCCUGCACUAUAGUGUGAGAUUGAUAGAGAAUGUGAUCAUGGUCUUGGUUUUUAAGUUCUUUGGAGUUAAAGUGUUACUGAAUUACUGUCAUUCCUUGAUCGCCUUGCAGCUCAUUAUUGCUUAUCUGAUUUCCAUUGGCUUCAUGCUUCUGUUCUUCCAGUACUUGCAUCCAUUGCGCUCACUCUUCACUCACAAUGUAGUGGACUACCUCCACUGUGUAUGCUCCCAUCGACACCCUCGGGGCAGGGUUGAGAACUCAGAGCCAUCUGCUGAUGCUGAAGCAAGGCAAAGCAUUGCCUGAUUCUAUCUUUCAGAUAUUUGGGAAUGGGUUGGGGGAUGCCAAGACCAGCUGUAGAAUUGAAGGAGAUGAUGAGGCUCUUGGGUGAAUAUCCACCAGGAUAUUUUUUUGAGUUUUCUGGUAAGUCUAUCAGAAGAAAGAGCAGCCCUCAAGUAGAUUUUAUUUCCUUAAGAUUGACUGCUAUGUUUGAACACCAAGGUAACUACUACAUAUCCGGGAGGGUCCGAGAUGUCAUUCAUAUUCCAUCCACCCUGGUCAGCUGUCUGGCUGCCCUGUGAGAUACCUUAUAUCCAUGCACCUAAGGCUGUCUGUGACUUUUAAGCUCUGCUCAUUCCCUUGAGCAUUACUGAGCUUUCUGUGGACUGAACUGAAUGACUCAGAAUCCCACCAGAAUAUAUCCUGACUGAACAGAGGAUGUGACUGCUUACAACCUAUGGGUACUGCCCAGGAAACUGUUUGACUAAUGUGGAACCUGUAACUGUGAACGUGGCUGGAGUCUUUCAAUUCCAAUGAGAAACAGUGAUUAAGAGGUAAACCCCCACUAUUGAAAGAGCUGUCCCACAAAUGAGUUAGCUCUCCUUUAGGACUUUACUAGUGAUCAUUCAUCAGGGAUCUUUUUUUCCCAGCAGCCCUUCAAAGACACACUAUGAGGAGGGAGUACAGAGUUCAUUCAAGGCAUAAAGCAGCGUGACUGUUUAUCUUAGGGACCUUCAUGAGCCUCCAGUGUGCUGAGUGGAGUGGUUGAGUCAAAGCUCGCUCUUCUUGCCUCUUUAUCAAGGAUUCCCUCCAACCUGGCUUUGUUGUGCUCUUUGACCAAUUCUGAUGUAGAUCUCAGAGAAGCUGAACUGUAAUUGAAAAUGUUUCUAAUGUGUGGAAGAAAUGAAAAUUGCUUUGUGU